AUCCACAAAGCAGGUCUGGCCUCUCGGUGGUCUUCACUCAACAGUUCCUCGACACCAAGCACAACAGGGGCAUCUCAAGGGAAUGGACAGAUAUCUCAAAACAUAACCAAUGUUAGUUCAAGCUUCUCAGAUGCCUGGAAGCGUAGUGAGACAGCUAAGGAUAAGCAGCAACCCACUGAGAUUAGGAAACCUGAGCCAAAAAUCUCUCUUCCAACAUUAACCAAGCAGCCUCCACCUGCGCCUGUACGGGUAUCAUCCAAUGUACCUGUGGCUGCCACACCACCAUUACCAUUAAAAUCCAAGCCAGCAAUCAGCAAUAUACCACCACCACCGCCACCAGCAGAAGCUUUCCAGUGGGGGGAUGAUUUCCUGCCUCCUCCUCCUCCUGAAUUACUGGAUACUCCUCCUGAUUUUUUACCUCCACCACCUCCAUCUUUUAACUCUGGAAUUGAUUACCCUGCUCCCCCACAAUUCACAACUGCAGUAAGUGCUGGAGGGCCACCACCUCCUCCCCCUCCCCCUCCCCCUCCUCCACCACCCGCUGCUCCAUCACCCGCAUCAGCUCCACCAAAGGUUCCUGUGAAAAAGCAGCCACCAAAUCCUCCAAAGAGAAGAGACAGUACAGGACAGAGAUCAAACCAACAAAACAGCUUGAUGGCAAAUGGCGGUGGUGCAGGGGGCCAACCAGAUUUUAUGUCCGACUUGAUGAGUGCAUUGCAGAAAAAGAGAGGCACCACAACCUAA